UGUAGAUUUUUUUCAUUAUUUUAUGCUUAGAUGCUAAAGGGUAUUUGAAGAAAAUCCCUUUAAAGUAGAAUCAUUGAAAUCUUUUUUGAUUAUUAAAAAUUACAUUAAAUUCACUCAUUUCCUCAUUUGAGUGAGAGAAUGAAAAGAAUAUCUUUCAAAAAACUUUGGAAAAUAGGGUCUGUGGAAUUACUAGAAGGUGGGCUGGGGAAAUAACUCCAUUUACUAAAUAUUAAAAAAGAACAUAGCUGGAAGUAAAUGGCUUGUGAUUAUCAUCAAGGAAGGAAGCAGAAGACCCUACAGGCACAGAAAUGACCCUCACCCCUUUGGUUGGUCGUUCCAUGCAGGGACUCCGAAAUCUGGUAGCAACAACCUUGGCUCUUUUCUUGAUGUUCUCUCUCAUGGGAAACUCCAGCAGCGCUCCGCAGAGAAUCUUUGAGAGAAGGAAUUGGACCCCUCAAGCUAUGCUCUACCUGAAGGGUGCACAAGGGCGCCGCUUUAUCUCUGACCAGAGCCGGAGGAAGGACCUCUCCGACCGACAGCCUCUGGAAAGACGUAGCCCAGAUCCUCAACCACUAACUCGUCCAGAAGCAGCAGCCCUGUUACUGGCUUCCUUUCAGAAACCACAAGAAGCUGAAGAAGAAAACUUUGAUCAAACUAGAUUCUUAGAAGACAGUCUGCUAAAAUGGUGAAAAUAUUCCAAAUUACAUUCACUUACUGUUGUAUUCUUGUUGAAAACAUGAACCAUGUGAAUAAAACUCUCAAACCCUUUUUGUUCCAUUUGUAGUAUUAGGAACAUGCAUAGCUAGUUUCAUUCUUUCAGAAGCGAAAGUAAUGUAGACUCCUUAACUGAGAAUAUCAUCACCUUCUUUCAUAGCUUCAGGUCCUGCUUAGAUCACCUUGUAUCUCACUCUUGACUUUUUUUCAGAGAAUUUAAGAUUAUAAGCCUGAAGACUCUUUGGAGUGUCCUUCCCUUUUGUUAAAACCAAUCCCCUUCUUGAUCUAAUCAUUCUUAGCUGGUUUUAUACAUUUGUGUUAACUACUUGCAUUUUCUUGCCCACUCAGUGGCGAUGCUUCGUCUCCAUUUUCCCACCUGGAAGGAGGCAGGAUGGGAAAGAGGGUUGUGUGUUUCUGGCUGUAGUUCAUCCAGGCGAAGUCAGCUGUGAAGAAGAGACGUGGGAAGGGAAUGACUGGGCAGAAGCCCAGUGAUAAGAACACUUCGCGUGUUUGCUGACAGGGGGACAAUGUGUGAGGCUGGAGUCCAUGAAAGAUUUGCUGAAGAUCCACAGCUAGAGGUCCCCGUGCACUCUUUCAAGAUCUCCCUGAAUUCAGUUUAGAAACAUGGAUCUAAAAGUGACAAUCUGCCCAUUUAUACACUGUACAAUGGAAGCAUACUAGUUCUUUAGAGGUAGCCAGUUUUCCAUGGCUAAACAGAUUCAAAGACUUGGCUCAUUCUAAUUGCCUAGAACUCUAGGUUUUGAAACUGUUUAGUUCCAUAAAGGCUCACUGAUAACAUAAGUGCAUGGUGAUAUGCCUAAUUUACUCCCUUUCAAAGUCAGUUUGAGUUUAAUAUCACAAAUAAGUAUAUAUAUGUACAUAUAUAUGUGCAUACAUACAUAUACAUAUACACACAUAUAUAAAUACAAAUACACUUAUUGCAAGCAUAAUUAUUUUCCUUCUGAAAUAUAAUAAUGGUCAUCAUGUUAUCUUUUUACCUAAUUAAUUUAGGGUCACUCACGUAAAUGUCAUAACAGGAAAGUGUUGUCAAUUCUUGCUGUCAUCAGUGUAUUGCCAUUACUUAAAAAAGAAUGUAUAUGAAUGUUUCUGUAACUUGGAAUUACAACUUCACUGUAUCAAGUGAUCACAAUGCUCCUUGUAAAAUUUGUUUGUAUCUUGCAUCACCAUUGAAAAAUGUAACUGUAUUCAAGUUAAUGUAACAUCAAUCUCUGUUAAAAAAAAUAAGAGGUUAACAUUAAAAAAAAAAUCUAUGUGCAUUAUAAUAGGCACUUGUCAUUAAUUAUGAUUUGCACAUUUGAUUUUAAAGUGGGAUUUACUAGAUUUGUGUUGCUAAAUUUAAUGAGAAUUAUUUUUAUUCAUCUGACAUAAAUGUGCACAUCUUGCCUAUUAAAUAUUAUAUCUAUCCCAAAAAGACUUUUAAAAAUACAUCUUAGGAAAUAAUUCCUCCAGCAACUAUGUAGAGCAAUACCUCUCAAAUACCAAGCAUUUGACACUAAAACUGGAAGUUUUUAAAAGCUCCAUAAAUGACCAGUAGCUGUUAAAAUAAAAUCAACUCCAAACAUUAUAAGCAACUAAAUUCCUUGAAUGUUCUGCCAUACAGA